CUUUCUUGACUGAUUUAGAUACAAACACCUUGAUGUGGCAACUUCCGCUGUCAAUGUAAUCAAAACAUAAGAUCCAACCGCUUUUCUGGAGUGGCAACAAGAUUCUGUGUUGUUCGUUGAAAGACAGCAAUAAUCAUGGAUAUUGGCUACAGAAAUUCAGAUGACAAUCGAAAGGGUUCACUCACUUUGCGUUCUGAUCACAUGAACUAUUCGAGAGCUAUUUUAAACUCGAAAUGGCAUCAGGCUAGAGAAGCAGAACCUAAAGAUUAUGAUAUGAAUAAACAUCCAAUUCGUUCUUUGGCAUUUUCAACAUACAAAAGAAUUGGCAAUGUCACCGAUGGGUCUUUUCCAGACACAACUUACCAGGCACAGACUAAUCAGAUUUACUUAAAGCCUUUGUAUGAAGUCAGAGACACACAUAAACCCUUGGUUCAGUUGGAGACAGUAGCUAGUGCCAAUGCUGGCAUAGAUAGAGACACAGGAGAACCCAAAGGAGUCUUUGGUUCAGCUCUACCAUCUCAUGGUCCAGAGCAUAACAAAUAUUACUUGGAUACCACCUACAUCUCAGAUUAUGUGCCUCCUUAUCCUUUCACAAGAUGCGAAGAAGAUACAAAGUCUAAUCAGAUGAAGCAAGAAGAGAUGGAAGACAAGUCAUCUGCAUUUAAGAAAAUGAAGUCCCAGUUCACUGAUACUGCUGACUACAGGCGCAAUGGAUGGAACACCUGGCAAGAUGAAAGUGGAGUGUAUGCCAAUUCUCAUUUCAAAGCUCAAGUUUUUGCUAAAACUGAAACCAUUCCUGAAAGGCCAGUUUAACAAACAAUUGUUAAAACUACAAACUGGCAAUCUCCUUUGUAUUUAGCCACAACCUUCAUUUAGUUGAAAGGUCAAUUGUUUAAAAAAUGCAAUGCUCUCAUAUUUUGAUAAAAUAAGUAAGUCUUUGAAAUUAAAUUUUAUAUAAGGCAAUUGUAUAAUGUGUAGGUAUUGAAGAGUAUAUAUACAUAAAAUUAAUUAUUAAAGAAAAAAAAAUGAUGAGCCCAUUUGUGAAUAUUUUACAUGAUGAAUUAAAAGAAAGACAACCAUGUAAUCAUUUGAACAGACUUAUUUAUUGCCUUCAUGUUUAAGUACAAAAAAUAUCUUGAAUUAUCAAAAAGUUAUUAGAUAACAAAAACAGUUUGGCUGCAACAGAACAAAAAAAUAAUUUUUGAGCAAAUAUUAACUACCAUGAAAAUAAUAAAUCGAUUGAAAAUGUUUCAGUAUAAAGAUAUAACUUAGACAAACAGAAAAAAUUUCUGUAAUAGUGAUCCUGUAAAUAGCUAAAUGUAAAUAUUUGCGUGUUUUAGAUGUUGCUAAUAUGCAAAAAUAUAAAAGAAUGAAGCGUGCCUUUAAGUAGUAACAAUGACUAGAGAUAUUCUAACCUACUAACUAAUUCCUGAAUAUGUUUUACAUUUUUACAAAUAAAAAAAGAAUAUGAAAAUAAAUGACAUAAUAACAAAACAUUAAUACUGAUAGCAGUUAUUCAAUAUCAUAAGGUAUUGACAUUAUACUGAAUUCUGAUAAUAGGAAAGUUGUGGCUACAAAUAUAUUAAUGUACCAAAACAUGAAAGCAAUAGACAUGAAGAACAGACCUACUGCUAAGACAGUUUUCUUUUUUUUUUUUUUAAGUGAGCUCAAAAUUUAAAGCAAGUAUUAAAAGUAAAGACCUACUGCUAAGACAAUAUUUUUAUUUUAAGGAUUAAAGAAAGAAUUUAUUGUAUUUUAAUAAAAUAAAACUUUGACCAAAAGAGAUUUAUUUUUAAUGUUAGAAAGAAAGAAAAGUUUAGACUUAACUAAACAAAUGUUGUAAUGAAAAAAAACAAAAUAAAAGAACCAGGUAUGGUAUAAUUUCUUUUUUUUAUAUUUUGUAACUGGAACAAAAUAUUGUAGUUUUUAAAUAAUUUAUGACUAGAUUAAGUUUAUUGUGAACAAAAGAUGUUAAAAAAAAAAACCUGGUUUUUAAAAAUCCUAUGGAUAGCAUUACUCCUUCCCCAGAUACUUUAUUUUAUCAUAAAUUUUCCCAAAGGCGAAGAACCUCAAUAAAGAAAUAAAUGAAACACUUGAACAUUGGAUAUUAUGCAUUUAGUCCUAAAAAAAACGCUGGUUUACUCUAAAUUUCUAUUUAAAGCAACAAUGUAAUGUAUAUUUUUCAAUGUAAAAUGUUCUGGAAGAUUGACUUGAACUAGCACAUUUUGUAAAUUGUAAAGGUGUUCAUUGUUUUGUUGGGUGAGGUUUUAAUUAAUAACUAUUCUAUAUAAAGAUUUAAGUUGCCAAUAGAAACUUAACUCUUUCUCUGUAAUUAUUUACCACAUUCUGUUGGAAUCAAUGUUGGUAUUGUCAUUUAGGAGAAAAAGAGUUAACAGUGAAUAAUACUGAUCAAGUAGAGUAUAAAAUAUGUAAAUGUUGUAAACACCAUUCAAUAAAUAUAUUGACAGUUUUUUUUUCCCCAAGAGUUUCAAGUUUAAAUAAAAAGUUUUUUGGGGGAAUAAAAAUUGCAUAGUACAUAAUUAAUCAAAAAAUCAUUUCAUUUUCAUACAUUCAUCAUAAAAA